AUCUCUCUCUCUCUCUCUCUCUCUCUCUCUCUCUCUCUCUCUCUUUCUCUACCUGUCACUACCUCCCUCUAUAACUACCCUUCUUCUAACCUACGCUCGACUUUCCUCUUGUCGAUUCUCCCUCUCUAACUAUCCUUCUUCUUACCUACGCUCGACUUUUCUCUUGUCGGUUCUCUGCCAUGUCUCAGGCACAAGAGGAUCCGUUUUGCUUGGAGUGCCACUGGGAGGCGUUUCAUCUGGAUAACCGAGCGUUGGUGGACUCGCCGUCGAAGGAUAAUGCGUCACACAUUCAGUGGGAUUGUACCGAUCAUAAUACAGCGCUGGACUACUGCGAUCUGGAGGAGGCUUGCUGUGACUUCGAGGACUGCACGUUCAAAUGCGACUCCAUCUGCGACGGGUUUCUCGAAUGUGAUGCGUCGACUGCCUGCUCCAUCUCUCACUGCGAGGAUACGCAUUGCAAGAGCCCGGGACCCGUGUGCUUUGACGAACACUGCUUUGAAGAUCACGAUGGGAACAACACGGGCCACGACACCAACGACAGCAACCCCAAUGCAGACGACCACGCCCUCGAGUCGCUGUUGGGACUCGGCGCUCCAUUGACCUUGGAUGCGAAUGAUCUACUGGCCGCCUCGACGGCAAAUGUUCCUCCCUCGGAGGCGAUCGCCUCCGCAGCCAAAGCAACGGCAGACGGCCAUCACGCGACAGAUUUCCUCCCUGUCGUCUCGUCGACACUGUCGGCUCAUCAACAGUGCAGUCACGGCCAUUAUGUUUCGCAUCCAGUCGGCUGCCACGGGUUUCCCAAGGAAUUUGAUAAUAGAGAUGGCAACCCCGCGGCUCCAUCAUACAAUGACCCCACAAAUGUCAAUCCGGCAGAGGUCUUUCAUAUGCUAGGGAUGUGCACAGACUUUUCCACCUGUCAUAGUUUCCAUGUACCUGAAGAUCAUCAGUGUUCAGCCAGUUUAAAUAAGCCGGAGGAUGACUCCUCAACCCCUGCGCCCUUUGCCUGUCUCCAUCCUCCGAGCUUUCAUCAUCUCCACCACCACCAUGUGAAGGAUACGACUGAUACGACUACUACUACUACUACUACUACUACUUCUACUACUUCUACUCCAAAUACCCAUGAAACCGGUACUAGCACCCCCGUCAGAGGAGUCUGCCGCUCGCACCACCGCUGUCGAACCCAUAUGCAUGCACACCCUCACCCGUACUCAUCUCACCCCCGACAUUCGCGGUCAAGCGUUAGCUCUCAUCUGAUCUCCAGUCCAAGCGAAACCCCUCCGCCUCUGGACUCUAGAGCGUCGUCAAUCCUAGCCAGCCCCAGCUUCCCUCCAGAUGACAUUGAUGUACACAUCUGUAAAUGGACUAACGUGGUCCACGGGAUCAAAUCGGCCUGCGGGGCGACCUUCUCGGAUGCUGGUGCGCUCCAGGAUCAUCUCAUUUCAAGCCAUAUGAUGACCAUGGAUGGGGCUAAGGGCAACGGCUACUACUGCCGCUGGGAUGGCUGUCACCGUCCAGACGAGCCGUUUUCGCAAAAGUCCAAACUGCAAGGCCAUUUCCUGACCCACAGCAACUACAAGAACUUCAAAUGCACUGUGUGUGGGAAGUUUUUCGCACGGCAGGCAACCCUGGACCGCCAUGAACGCAGCCAUCGUGGGGAGAAGCCGUAUAAAUGCAGGGAAUGCGGUAAAUCGUUUACAGACAGCAGUGAGCUGAAAACCCACAUGCGCACUCACACCGGCGAAAAACCCUUCAAGUGCACCUACCCAGGGUGUAAUUUUGAGACUGGCGACUCGUCUAACAUGUCAAGCCACCGAUUGACUCACGGUGAGCGGAAACAUAAAUGUCACUUUCCGGGAUGUAAUAAAAGCUUUACCCGACCAGACCAACUGAAGCGCCACCUGAAGACCACCCAUAAAUACGACGCUCCGGGGUUAAUCUCUCCUUCACCACUCUCCCCCCUCUCUCCUCUUGGGGAUCAGCUCCCGCUCGCCCCGUUUUCCGCUAUCUCAUGAGGUAGUCAGGGGGCCUCGCAUACCAAUCAUCUACCACUGACAACCUCCACGACACGAAUAUAACAUCUACACCAUAGCAUUUAAGACAUGCCGGUUCUUUCAAAAAUUCGAAAUAUCGAUCCCAGAGCUUCGAAGCUCAUUUCCACGGCGUUGCUUGUUCCCUGAUCGAGUGAUCUACAAAAAGAAGAAAAAACGGCUCAGGAUCCCACAUCAACGCCAGUGCCCCAGGCCAGCCAGCUGAGCCGACCCACAACAGCAGAUCAUGGCCCUUUUAUCAUCUAUCCGAUGAAGGCCUAAUCCGGAAUACAUGGACUACGUGCCUUGAUGCGCAUGAUGAAUACACUACUGACUGGUAGUAACUAUUCCCUGUAGCUGAGUACAGCUGUGAGUAGGGGGUCACAAUAACCAGAUUUAUAAACCAUCAAUAGAUGUGUCAAAUUAUGCACACAGCUGCAUUAGAUCCU